AUGAAGCCCAAAAGCGCUGAAGAGCGCUCCUCCCAGAGCUCAUUGGGAUCCCCCGCAGAUAUCAGAAUCCCCAGCACCCCGAUUCUUUCCAAAACUUCCCUAUCUGCCUCUCCGGAUCGGCCAGCAAUCGACCAAAUUCCCUCCAUUCCCGAUAAAUUGCGGUCACCUCUUCGGAAGUCCGUUUCCUCCGACAUGACACCUCCUCCAUCAUCGCAACAUGUCGCCAAUGUGGCCACUCCCUUCCGCCGUUCCCGCUCAGAUUCUAAUCCCUUCCUCGCAUCACCACCAGAUACAAUUGACCAAACGCUAUGUGUUGCAUACGGAGCUUCAGAUGAUCUCCCUUCAUCGAGGGAUAUCGACAAUGCAGAUGAAGCGCAGCUACGUAAAGUCGCAAAAGAUCUCCUUAUUUUCGCACAGGAAUUCCGCAUGUCAGCUGCUCAUUUCAAACUCCAACAUAGCCUCUUGUCACUCACUAGUAGCGAAGCGGUCAAGCGAGCAGAGGUAGAACAGCAACUCGCAAGGAGGGAAGUCGAGAUUUUACAGAGCGUAGAAUAUCGCCAUCGACGCGGUCUCAGCGUAGAGAAGUCGCCUGAGCUGUCUCCCAAAACCCCACCGUCAGACGCUACAUUGAAGCGAAUCCGGGAGCUCGAGGAUGUGAUCAUCACACUCGAACGUCGGCUGCGUCGAGCCAAAAGGGUCAUCGAGGAAGAAACCGACAAAAACGAGCUGCUUUGUGAAGAAAACAGUCGUCUUAAAAAACGUAUCCGAGAAAAUCGGGAGCACUUCACACUCAUGCUGGACCACGGUUCAUUAGCAUCCAGUCCCCAGGCCGAAUUUCUAACCCCGCAAAGAAAGGCGACAUCGUCAACGACCCGAUACCCUGACAGUGCCCGCAGCCAUGCCAGUACAGUUGGGAGCCAGGAUCCGAUUGCCACACUGCUCGCGGCAGGUCAAGUUCUACAUGGUGAGAAUGUUAGCGUGCAUUCAACUCCAGCACGUAACCGCUCCUACAAGCACCAGGGCCAGGGCCAUUCCCGUGGAACCCACUCUCUAUCUUCAUUACCAGUAACCCCGCAGCGUUCCCGCGUCGUUGAACCCCAAGGGCUUUUCUUCACCCCCAUCAACAAGCGCACUCCAGACGCUCGUCACCACAAUCAUUCCGUCUCCCUCUCACACCGUGAAGAGCACGAUCGCCGUUCUCGGGACAGCACAAUAUCCGCCUCCGAACAAGAUGAGGAAGCAGUUACUGAUGAGGACAUCCCCGCCUCCCAGGCCAGCUCGUUGGCCACCAGCAUGCUCCGUCGCUACCCGGUCGCUGGUGGUAGCAGCAGCCAGGAGCAGCAGAAUCCCACGAGUAUAACGUCUUCAAAUCUUUCCAAGUCCAGCUCUAUUCUUCAAAGUAAGUUGUUUGGGCAGGUUAAGAAGCCAGGUGUUGAUCGGGCGGGGGGAAGCGAUAAUUUUAAAAAACGGAAGAGUGGUAGUUAUGGGAAUGAUAAGGAGAUUGCGGCGAAGAAACUGAAGGUUGGAGAGGUGUUGGGGUUGGGCAUUCAGUCUUGA